CAUGAAUUCUACUGAAUUGGAACAACACGACCAAUAUCAAGGGCCCCUAUACCAUACCAUAUGUCACAAUCCUUUGCACAUAAAUUUAUGCGAGCAUUUGAAACAGGAAAUCCACAUACGGUAAAAUUCAAAUAAGAAAAUCGAUUAGUAUCCACAACAUCAUGCUUUUUGAGUACUUACUGUUACAUUGUCUCUACUUCUCUAUAUAAUCAUAUUUACUUGCAGCUGGUCGUGCUAUUAAUUUUGAGGAAACCGGUUUCCUGCAAAAAGAAAUACUUCCAUAAGCUAAUGAAUUAGAAUGAUCUUCUGGUCUGUUUUAUAGUUAAUUGUAUAAGUUCUGAUGAUUUACUGGAUUAAAUAUAAUUGUUGUCGUUAUAUAAUAUUUCACUUUUUGUACCAUUAAAAUAGUUUUUGUAUACUACUGUCUUAUCAUUUGUCAUUUGCAAGUGUGAUGAGAAUUUUUCAAAAUUAUGAUUUUUGUCUGAUCAUUCUGUCAAUAACAAUGUUACGGAAGUUAAUUAUGAUUUUUUUUUUGCUAGGAUAUUGUAGUAAUUGGUUCUUAUUAAUUAGAGCCUUGCCAUAAGGAUGGUUGAAGUAAUUUUUCCAAUUUGAUUGUGGAAUUGAUGAUGCGUAUUAGGGAUGAAAGUUGUUGCAAAUGUAUGCAACUUGAAACUUCUUUGGUGGGUUAGCAAAUGUAAGAUAAGGUAACGGUAAAGCUGUCGCAACAGUAAAUAUAUGGGAGUAAGUUAAAAUGACAAAAAUUUAUUUCAUUCGAUUGCAUUCAAAAAAAAAAAUCAUCCUCAAUUCUGUAAAAAAAAAAAAAUCGUCCAGUCUUAACGUUUUCCUCUUCACAUUUUAGCUUUAAGAUAUAAUUGAUAGAUAUCAGAUGUUGAUGUGGUGAUUUAUUAGUAAAUAGAAAUAAGUUUAUAAGAAAGUGGGAUAUUAUGAGCAUUCUUAAUUCUUUUGUGUCUUAAACUUGUACAUGUAAUGCCUUUUUUAUGAAGAGGAUGAUAUCUAUUGAAAGAAAAAAACUUGUGACAUAUUAAACUCUAUCAGAGACCAAUCAUUUUUUUUUCAUCCUAAAGGUUAAUUAUGUAUGUGAUGUGAAGCAACUCCAACAUUCAACUAUAUGACCUACUCAAGUAGUUAAUCUUUUUAUAUGAAUAGUGAAAAAUUAUUAGUUGUAUUUAGUUAUUACUAACAUUAUAUUUCUAAUCCUAUUAUAUUGUAAGCAUAGCGGGAAAAACUUGACAACAUUAUUUAUGCCUAUGCAUAAAUAAUGUAGAAAACGCAUCUCCAUUAUAUAUCAUAUCUCCAUAAAAAAAUUAUCAUUAUAUAUCAUAUCUAUUUUUAUGGCCUCACCCGCCCAAACGGGCGGGCCCAAUGCUAGUUAGUAUAAUAAGAGUGGUUAAACUCAUCUCUCUAUUCCCUUCAAAAUGAAUCAACCGCUCCAUGCAACCGCACGCCGCGCGGGCAAAUCCCUACGUGCCCAUCUCUCCCAACCAUCGCAUCGCAUCACGAAACGGUGCCUCAUCGUCCUAUAAAACCCAACCGUCGUUGCUCCUUCCCACCCCGCGCCACACAUUAUUAAUCCACAUUACAUCAACGAAUCAUCGUCACAACAUCUCUCACAUCAUGGCGGCGGCGGCAUCAGGCAGCAACGGCAACGGCGUGAACAACAAGAACUACCACCUGAAAGUGGUGGCGAUCGUGACCACCGCCACCGGCCCCAACGGCGCCCCCGUCACCCGCGAGGCCGAGCGCGUGUUCACCCUCCCGUUCGAGCCGAUGCUGAACGAGGACACCGCUAUGCCGCACGUGCGCAAGAUGGUCGAGUCCUUCCUCCCCAUGAAGAUCCCCGUGGACAACGUCGCCAUCGUCGACAAGGUCGUCGACGUCGCCCUCCGUCUCUUCGUUGCCCUCGAACGUGACGAAACUGACAAGAACAACAACAAGACUGCUGCUGCUGCUGUUGCUGGUUCGGGGAUUGCUGGCUUUGAUGCGGAGAGGAAGUGGUUUUACUCCAAGGACGGCCUGCCGCAGACCAGGGUGACGAUCUACGUCGCCCAUGACGGUUUCGUCUCCGCUGUUGGCGCCUUCGAGUCGGAUGACGACGAGGAUGAUACUGAUUCCGAUGAGGAGGAUGAUGAUGGUGAGGAGGAAGAAGGUGGCGAGGCCAUGGAGAAGAAGUAGAAGAUCCAGUGGUGGCUCCUCUAAUGGUGUUUUUUUUUUGUGGCUGUUGCCCUAGCAAUGGCUACGUGCAUGCAUGGUGGUGUGCCAUGACAUUAUUAUUAUUAUUUCCUAUUACUAAAACUAUGUCUGUUUGUGAACUGGAAUAAUUUCAUGUUCGAGUCGUCGUUUGUUACGUGAACGAUUAUUAUCCAUGUUGUUGUUGUUGUCCGUGGUUGGUCACGGUUUAUGUUUGAGGAGAAUAGUUGAUGUCUCCCUUUUUAUAAUAAAGAUGUUCAAACAAU